AUGUAAAAUAACUCACCAAUUAAAGGUCGACGUAUAUCAAACCAGAUAAAGUUGACAGGGAAGGUUCUAAAAAAGAAAACAGGAUCAGAGAUAGAGAUCGUAGGUCCUUCUGGAAGAGAUAUGGAUACGAGUGUGGUUGCGAAAAUUUAAAUAAAUUAGUACGAGAAUCUGAAAUGUCAUAUGCAACAGUGUCAAAGUGAAGUUAAAGUAGGAAAGAGUACAGAGAAGAUAAAAAAAAAAAAGUCGCUAGAUCGUACUGCUGCAAUUAAGAAAAGUCAGCAAUUGUAUAAGAAAAAGAAGAAAUCGACAAAAAUAAAAAAGAGUGUUAGUGCAGAGAGAGUAAAGAGCCAAACAAUAGAGUUUUCAUCUCCAGAAUGUGUACGUCGUAAAAAAGCAGCUACAUUUUUUAAUGAAAAACCAAAUGGUUUACAAGAUCAUCGUGAACGUCUUGGACUUACUUUUUUAAAUAAAAUAGGGACAAAGAGAAUUGAUUAAAUAUUAGAGCGUAUUAAAGUGAUUCUAUAGGGUUAGGUAAUAGAAUGUCAUCAAUAGAACAUUCAAAUCAUCCACCACUUACACCUGAGAAACAUCGUUAUCCUCAUGAAAUAAAACAUUAUAUGAAAGAGAAAAAGAAGUUUUAUUCAUAAUUAGAAUCAAUAAAAUAAUAAUCAAUGUUANUCAAAUAAAUCUCUAUCUUUUUCAAAGAUGGUAUCAAGGGAAAUAAACUCAAGUUAAACUCCAUCUUAAUUAUGAUAUUUACAAAAACAUGUGUAUUUUAAUAGAAUCAAAAUGUGCUCAUUUUUUAAUUAUUCUGA